AUGAAUGAUGAGCUUCUGCGGCCUUUCAGGGCGGAGGAGGUUCGAGAUGCUAUCUUUGCCAUGUUCCCUGACAAAGCCCCUAGGGCGAACGGCAGAUUAAUAACUGACAACAUUUCGGUGGCAGCAAAGGUGGGUCAUUAUUUAUGCAAGAAAACUUAUGGGGAAGUAGGUUGGGAAACUUUAAAACUUGAUAUGGCGAAGGCUUAUGACAGGAUGGGGUGGGAAUUCCUUAGAUGUAUGCUGGUUGGUCUGGGUUUUGCUGAACGUUGGGUGAAUCUGAUUAUGUUGUGUGUGACGUUGGUUAGAUAUAACGUCAUGGUAAAUGGGGAUGUGGCUGGUGUGCAGACACAGGGUGGGGAGAGAAUUCAUGGGUGUAGAGUGGCACGUGGGGCUCCCCCCAUGGGAUUUAGGAACAUGAAGGAGGUUGAAAGGAGGGUGGUGGUGGGUCUGCUUAGCGUGGUACAAACAGAGUAUUUUGGUAAGUAUCUGGGUUUGCCUUCAGUGGUAGGGAGGAACAAACGAGCAGUAUUUACCUAUAUUGAGGAAAAGUUGGGUAACCGCAUUGGUUCCAGGAACAGGAGGUUUUUGUCAUGA